AAUUGUUUUCAAUUUUUAAAUUAUGUGAAAAUUUACUGAUUGAAAAUUAAAGUUGUUUUAAAACUUUUUUUUUGUUGAACUCUUGUAAUUAUGUGAUUUAUCUGAAUCUAGUAUUGAUUUUUCAAUUAAUUAAUUAUGCUGAGUAUUAAUAAAUCUUUUGUUUAUGGAAUAUGUUUUGCUUCAUUUACAUGGAUUUUAUCAUUAUAUUUGUAUAUAGAACUAAAUAAAUCCCUUGCCAAUAAUAAUUCAGUUACUAGUUUGCCUUUUGAUAUAUUAACUGAUAAUGGCCUGAAGGAUUCUCGAAUAACAGAUUUGAAUGAAUUAGGCAUUAUAAAAUCUAAAGAAGAUAAAAUUGUCAGAGAUGAAGGUUAUAAAGUUCAUGCUUUCAAUACUCUCAUAAGCAAUAGACUAGGAAAUCAUAGGUUUAUACCAGAUACUAGGAAUAAAUUGUGCCAUAAUAUAACUUAUCCUAUAGAUUUACCAGAUGCCUCUAUUAUUAUUUGUUUUUAUAAUGAACAUUUUUCUACACUUCUAAGAACAGUUUAUUCGAUAUUGGACAGAACGCCUCCACAAUAUUUGAAAGAGAUUGUUUUAGUAGACGAUUUUAGUGAUAUCAGUGAUCUGCAAAAAGAUCUGAGAGAACAUAUUAAUGUUAAUUUAAAAGAUAAGGUGAAAAUAUAUAGAACAGAAAGAAGAGAAGGUCUAAUUAGAGCUAGAAUAUAUGGAUCUAGAAGAGCAGAAGGGGAGGUAUUGAUAUUCCUUGAUAGUCAUGUUGAAGUCAACCAGCAAUGGAUUGAACCGCUCCUGAAUCGAAUAAAAGAAAAUAAAAAGAAUGUGCCACUACCAGUCAUAGACAUAAUAAAUGCAGAUACUUUUGCUUAUACAUCAAGCCCCCUGGUUAGAGGGGGAUUUACUUGGGGACUCCACUUCAAAUGGGAUAAUUUACCUAAAGGUACUCUGGAAAAAGAAGAAAAUUUUGUGAAGCCAAUAAAAAGUCCAACCAUGGCAGGGGGUCUUUUUGCUAUCGAUAAAGAAUACUUCAGGGAACUAGGGGAAUACGAUGCUUACAUGAAUAUUUGGGGAGGUGAGAACAUCGAAAUAUCUUUCAGGAUAUGGAUGUGCGGAGGCCAUAUGGAUAUAAUGCCUUGCAGCAGAAUAGGACAUGUUUUUCGUAAACGAAGACCUUACGGAGACCCUAAUGGCCAAGAUACCAUGCUGUAUAAUUCUCUUAGGGUUGCUCAUGUUUGGAUGGAUGAUUACAAGAAAUUUUUCAUAGAAUCACGAAAAGGAGCAGAGUCCAUGAAUUAUGGGGAUAUAUCAUCCAGAUUAACAUUAAGGAAAGAAAUAAAUUGCAAGGAUUUCGAGUGGUAUCUAAAAAACGUUUACCCCGAACUAACAUUACCAACUGAUAACGAUGAGAGGUUAAAGAAGAAAUGGGCUGCAGUAGAACAAGAAAAAUAUCAACCCUGGUAUUCCAGAAAAAGGAAUUAUAUUGCAGAAUAUCAGAUUCGAUUGUUGGGCACCAAAUUUUGCAUUCAAAGUGAAAAAGACUCACCGAAAAAGGGUGGAAAACUGGUUCUAGGAAUCUGUUCCCAGAGCAAAAACCAGAUGUGGUUCCAAACAGAUAAACAUGAAAUGGUUCUGUCCAAAUUAUUAUGUUUACAAUCUGGAAAAGGAAUUCCGAUGUUAUAUAAAUGUCAUGAAACUGGUGGUGAUCAAGAAUGGAAACACAUAGGAGAAGAAGGAAUUCCGAUCUUCAAUUUAGCUGCUGGUACCUGUUUGGGCACAGAUGAAGCAAAAAUCGGUGCUUUGAUUUCAAUGAAAAUUUGCGAUCAAGGAAAAUUCAAUAAAUGGGAUAUCGUAUUCUCAGAUGUGGAAGUUUAAAGUGGAAUUAUACUCAAGUGUUAUAGUGAUAUUGAAAUACAGCUAUUUUUCUAACUUUUUUCGUUCUUUAGGAUUUUUACAAGGUGAUUGUUGUGAUAUUAAUAAUUUUUUUAAUAAAUAUAAAUAAUUUU